AUGGCUGGCCGCAAAACAUUGUUGGCACCAAUCCACUUCAUUUUCAGCCUGCUGCAGAAACGCAGCACCGUUUCUAUCUGGCUUUACGAGCAGUUGGCCAUUCGAAUUGAGGGAAAGAUCCGGGGCUUUGAUGAGUUCAUGAACUUGGUCAUUGACGAUGCGAUCGAGGUGCGUCUAGCUACAAAGACAGAAGAGGAGAAGCGGAGGCCGCUAGGCCAGAUCCUCCUCAAGGGCGACAACGUCUCCCUCAUCCAAGCCGUUUAA